UGAUGGACGCAUUUUGUUCGCGCUUGCUCUGUACACCGAAGAAAAACCAAAAGUCCCUUUCAAUCGCAUGAAACGCAUUGUUAUUGAACUCCGCCGUUUGUUUUCCAAUUUGUUUUCCCCCGUACCCGAAACCGAGUUCGCUGCUCCUUGGUUGUGUGUUGUGCCGAGUGAAAAGCCAAGUGAAACGGAAACGAAAAUCAUUCCAUAUUUCUGAAACAUAUAUAGUAUAGAAGUGCUUGUCUAUUUGGCGCCUAAACAGACCGAAGGAUACACCCGGCUGGAUGCAUCUGCUCUAGCAGAACCACACCAGAAACUGGACCAAUUUAUGAACAAUAUCGAAAGGAAACACAACAAUCAACUCUACUCACCGACCUUUCUAGUCUUCUAGCAACAAUCGAAACGAUAAAUCUUUUUUAAAACGACCCUUUAUUUUUGGGACAAAACAUAUCUCUAGACAGAGCUCGGAGACAACUCAGGUGGAUUAGCCCCCGAUAACCCUUAAUCCCAAGGAUCCAGCACCUAGUGCCCACUUCCCAAGGUAUCCCGGAGAGUGCCCCGAGGCAAAGGAAUCCAAGACGGCGCCCCUUAAACCGCAAGCCUAUAAAAUUGGACGAAUGUUAUGUUGUGGCUUCUGCUGUGGCAAUAUGUCGAAGCGAGAUUACAAAGUGGCCACCACCGAUGGCAUCGAGCUGGAGCCGUUGGGCGGCGAAAAGAGCGACAAGGAUAAGGACAAAGACAAGGAGAAGCAGACGAAUGGCGUCACUUUUGGUGGCGAAUCGAGCGGCGGCCGACAGACGCGGACCGGAGUGGCCGUCUGCUCCCAGCGCCGGGCUCUACUUGUGGCCGGGAUCGUGCUCGGCUCGCUGCUGCUGACGGCCAUCAUCAUCGCCUACGCCGGACCGCAGAACGACUGCUCCUGCGGAUCUAAAACGGUGUCUGGUUACGAUACGGAUGAAGAGAACAACACCCAGCCCUUUAAUCCAAUUGCCACCAAUGGGGAGCCCUUUCCCUGGCUGGAGAAGAUGCUGCCCACCAGUGCGAGACCCCUGCGCUAUAUGGUUACCAUUCAUCCCAAUCUAACAACGUUGGAUGUGAAAGGCCAAGUCACCAUCGAUUUGCAUGUGGAAAGGGAGACCAACUUCAUUGUCCUGCACAUCCAGGACCUCAACGUCACCGAGAAGGCCAUAGUGACCCCAGGGCCCAAGGGAUACGCCCUUAAGAUUGUAAAGGUGCUGGAGUUUCCGCCACGCCAACAACUCUACAUUGAGGUGAAGGAGAAGCUGAAGAAGAAGUCCAAUUAUACCCUCAACCUGCGCUGGUACUCCAAGCUUAAUCCGGAGCCAGAGGGUUUCUAUGUUGACCAAUAUGAGAGCUCCAACGGUGUGGAAAGAUUAUUGGCAGCCACAGUUUUCCGACCGAAUGGGGCGAGACGAGCCUUUCCCUGCUUCGAUGAGCCGCAUGUCCGGGCACCCUUCCGCAUCUCUGUGUUCCGCGAUCGCUUCCACAUUGGUUUGUCCAACUCCAUAGUGCACACCACCGAAGAUGUGGGCUUCUACAUGGGCACGGGACUGCUCCGCGAUGACUUUAUAGAAACGCCUCCACUGCCCGCCGAUGCUGUGGCUUGGGUGGUAAGCGAUUUCCAGCGUGAGUCCCUGCAACCCUCUGCUGCCUAUAUCCCCACCACAGUAGCGCCACCGGGCUCUGGAGCUGGUGGCAAGAAGUCUGCCCAGUUAAACAACUACACCCAGUUGAAGGGCAAGAACCCUCCGGUACGGAACAUCACUGCCCUGACACAUUCGCUGAAUGUGAACCUGACGCCCCGCCAGAAUCUGACUACUGUUCAAACGACGACGACGACAGCUUGGCCUGUGCAUAUCAAUGGGAAUGGAAAGCCAACGAAUCUUACCUCUCUGUCCCAGUCCACGGGAUCCUCGAUCAAGAGGGCUCCCUCGUACACUUUCUAUGCUCCGCGUGACCUGCUGAUUCGCUCAUCCUUCAUCCUGCACACUUCACGGGAUGUUUUGGAGUAUCUGCAAACCUGGCUGGAUAUUAGUUAUCCCCUCACAAAGGUGGACUUUGUGGCACUGCCUUCACUGGACCGCAACAUGAUCUCAUCCCUGGGAUUGGUGACCCUGAAGACUUCCUUCCUAACGGAUCCCAGUUCGAUUACCUCUGAACAAUACCAAUUCAGUGCUCUGCGGAUUGCAGAGGCCAUGGUGCGGCAGUUCUUCGGAGGUAUCACUUCCCGCAAGGUGCUCAAGGAUGUGUGGCUGUGGGAGGGAUUGAUCCAGUAUUUGGGCAUCCAUACCCUGGCUCCGCUGCAGGAGAGCUGGCCUUUGAGGGAGAUGUACCUGCUGAAGAUGGCCACAGCAGCGUUGGAUAUCGAUGCCAUCCAAGGAUGGGAUAGCAUCAUGAAUGGCACCAGUCACGAUGGCAACAACGAGGAGUUCUUUGUCCAAAAGACGGCGGCCAUAUUUUCCAUGCUGCACACAGCCAUUGGCGAGGAUCGGUUCAGGGGAUGCCUGGGCUCGUUCCUCAAGGUGAAUCGAUUUAGGACCGCAGAACCCACAGAUCUUUGGACAAUUUGCACCAAGAAGGCCAAUGGUUCGAAGAAUAUCAAGGACAUGAUGACUCUGUGGACACAUCAGCCGGGCUUUCCGCUUCUCACCGUCACCAAAAUGGGCAACAGCAUUUCCAUUUCACAGAGACCCUUCCGGCCUGCCGACUUUCUUGCCAUCCAUGAUGAGUCGUACUAUGGUAAUAAUUAUAAUAAGACGGCUCUCAAUGCCACGGAUAUGCCCAUCACAGUGCCACCCACAACGCAGGGAAGCAAACACAAGGCGGCUCCCCACAUGAAGUGGAUCUUCCCUGUCACCUAUGUGACGGAUAUCAACAAUGUCAGCGAAACCCUUUGGAUGCAGAAUGUGGAUGUAACCUUCAAUGUGCCGGAGAACGUCAAAUGGAUCAAAGUGAAUGCCAUUCAGAAUGGUUAUUAUAGAGUGGUUUACAACGAUGACAACUGGGCAAGUCUCAUUGAAGAGCUGACCACUAAUCCCAAACGCUUCACCAGUGAGGAUCGAUUGGGUAUGCUGUCGGAUGCCUUUACCCUGUGCCAUGCCAAUUUGCUGCCCUGUGAGAUCACCAUGAACAUGAUUCUGUAUCUGCCAAGUGAGACACAUUACGGACCCAUGGCCUUGGCCUUGAGGCAUUUGGAGAAGUGGCGACGCAUCCUCAAGUACUCCGAGUGCUUCCUGAUGCUCAGCGAGUUCAUCAAGAUGAAGAUCUCAACGGUUAUGGAGAAGGUGGGCUGGUCGGAUGACGGUGAUGUGGCCACCAGGUUAAUGCGUCCUGAAGUGAUUUUGGCCUCGGUUCUGUGGGAGGACAUCGAUAGCAUCGCCAAGGCCAAGAAUAUGUUAAAUCAGUAUCUGUACUACAAUGGUUCAGCUAUACCACCCAAUCUUAGAGAGGCGGUUUACACCGGCUCAAUUCUCUCCGGCGAGUACAUCUAUUGGCAGCAUUGCUGGGAACGCUUUGUCACCCUUCAGCGGACAUCGGAAACCUUUGUGGAGCGUAUGCAGCUACUUAGAGCUCUGGGCAGGACCAAGGAUGCCUGGCUGCAGAAUCGCCUGCUGUCGCAUGUGACCAUGUUGCCCACCGAGGAGGUGGUGCAGGUGCUCAAGGCCAUUGCGGGUACGCCCACAGGUGGUGCCAUGGCCUGCCGCUUCCUGCAGGCCAAGUGGUUUGAGCUGGAGAAACGCCUGGGACAGGGCACAAUCAGCUUUGCCAAGGUUAUAUCGGCUAUAACCCAGUAUGGAGCGACCAAGUUUGACUACGAUGAGCUCAAUUCACUGGUGCAUCGCUUUGGCCGGGGUCACGGCAUGUCUGUGCUGAACAUGACCUUGAGCAGUGUGGCCUCAAAUGUCGAGUGGGUGGCAAGGUCACAGACAUCGCUGUACAAGUGGGUGGAGGGCCACCUAUACUUACACCGAUAGAGGAGGCAGGACUCGGAGGUCCGCGCACAGCUCUCUCUUUAAACUCAUUUGUAAUUAUGUUCCUCUCUCAGACACGACUCUCACGUGGACCCUGAUUUCGCCGAGUUAACUAACACACACUAUGGAUCUGUACUCUUUACCAUAUCAUUGCCAGUUCGAUCGAUCUCCUUGGUUUACUCAGUAGCUCUCCUAUAAUUUUAGUCCUCAACGAGUGGCCUCACUCACCUGUAAAUUACGAAUGCUAUGAUCGCAAGGAGUCUUUGUGUAUAUCUAUUCCCAACAGGAGGGAGCCAUUUCUAGCACAUAUGUAUAUGUGGAUAUCUACAACUGAACAUAAGGAUCUAUCUAUAUAUGUAUAUUGUAUAUGUAUGUAUAUUUUACAAACCGAAAACCAAAAUGAGAAAACCAAACAUACUUAGAGCAAUCGAUAAAUGUAGUUUGUAAGCAAAGAAUAACAAAGAACAAACAUAUUUUUUCAUAAAAUCCAAAAAACAAAAGAGAAAACAAAACAAACAGAUGAGGCCACUGAAUCGAGAUUAACUAAAUCGCUAAUGAAUGCAUUCUAGUCACUGUAUAGAAUAUGUAUAUUAGAAUUAGUGGGCGGCCUGCUCGUGUGUGUAUCCGUGUAUGUGCGCAUCGAAAUAUCACAGAACUCUUCCUUUUGUCCAAAGAUAAUUUACUUAACCAACAUAAUCACCCUACCUAAACGUGUCCUGCCUGACCAGAAGCAUUAAUUCCCAGUUAAGAACAUAUUUUAUGAUCAGUAUUAGCUUCCAGAGUCAGUAUUUAUUGUCUAAUUUGUUAUUAAUUUUAAACUUGAAUAGUUGAUAACCUAAAAGGUCGGAUCAGCAUAGGCUAAACGAUCGCCAGUAUCAGUUGGGAAACCAGUUUUAAUCACAAAAACUUGUUCAGAAUUAAGAACAGAACCCAAAGAUUUUCUUAACUUUAAAAUCAGUAACCGCUUAGGCUAAACUGAAUUUAAAUAUGUUAUAUGUAUAUGGCUGCCAUAGGUUCUACUAACUUUUGAAUAAUAGAAGAAAAGAAGCAUAGAAUUUGAUUAAAAUUUAGGCACAACAUAAUCCCCAUGUGGUCUAAGGUCAGGCAGGCAGAGAUAAGUUAGGAGCUUGCGAUACGAAUUAAUACCAUAAAGACAUAUGUACAUACAUGGCAUACGCGCUGUAGUUUGCUAGAGAACCCCAAAAUCCAAAAAUAAUUACAAAAAACUAAUUUAACACUGUUUAUUUACGCACUCGCAUAAGACAUCAAAACGAAACUGAUUAACAGAUUACAACGUUCCAUAACUACAAUUUACCAAGUGUUUUACGAUUUAACCAUAUCGCUGGUUAUCAUUUGAUUAGUGUUGAGGUGUCUGUCCUCUAGAUAGCCAGGUCUUCGAAUCCAAAGUGUUUGUGUAAACUGAGGGAAGCCGCCGACUUCUGGCACCCAAAUCAUGGGGGCUUUUGGCAUGCCGGUUUCUCAUUAUAGCCAAAUAAACGUGUAUCAGUUGGUGUUGCCAUUGGCAGCGCCCCGAUAAGAAAGAAGAUUAGCUUGGGGUGGGUCAGAAGCGUAGUCUAGAGGGUUUCCUAGUGGUUGAAGCACUUCGCUAAGUAAAUAAAUUUGUAUAAAAAAUCCAGUGAGGUAAACCCCAGAAGUGAACAAAACCUCUUUUAGAGCUACACCUGUAACAUCGCCGCUUCUGUCCCAUCAAAGUGUUUCGCUGAUUCAGAGUUAAACCUUCAAUCAUUUUUAAAUAUGUUAAUUCAUACACUAAAUUUCCAUCAAAGAAGUCAAGAUCUUUGAUUAGUUUUUACCGGAGAAACAGCAAAAUUUCGUAGAAAUAUUAUAUUGAAAUGGGAACUAUUUUUUUGGCUAAAAUACACAAACCCCAAGGUACCCUUCAUAAUUGCAACAAAGUCAAUCGCUCAGAAGCCCCAAAAAUCUAAAUACAAAUAAAUACAGAAAGAGAGGGAGACAGACAGAGAGAGAGAAAGAUAAAUACAAAAAAAAACACAACCGAAAACAACUUUAUUAGCGACAAAGAUAGAUCACAAAAAAACAAGUUUUGGAGCGAUUUUACGGAUUUUCGACAAAUGUAUAAACCAAACUAAAGCUAAACUAUAGAUGAAAAAUGAAAAUAAACCCAAAAUAGAAAUAAUACAAAAGAUGGAACACACAGCAUAAGAAAGAUACUCAAGACCCAGAAGCAAAAAGAGAAGUUAAUGGGGAGAUUUAGAAAGUUUUUACAGACCAACAAAGACAAAGAAGACUUUAUUUUGUUUAUUACACUACAUUUGAGUUCAAUGUUCACCCAUUUCAACGUCUAAUUGUAUUGUACAAUGCAUAUCCGUCCACAGCUUUGAUUGAUUUACAACAUUUUGGGUUCCAUUUAGUUCAUCAUCAGUCACACAAAAACACCUCACCCAACACCCAAUCCUGCCCUUUGGGCUCCGCUUUAUCCUGGAGUUGAAGAAUGGCCUUUUCUUAUUUCAAAAGAUUGAAGGAUACGAAUUCUAGUUAAUUUUAUUAGACCAAAUUUUUGUUGCAAUUGGCAUCAGUAUAUUAGAAAUUAUUAAUUAUGCAUUGGCCAUCAGGUUUUAUAUAAAGAAAUUCGUGUAGGGAAAAUACAAACAAAGUGUAUCUAGGAAUGCAAUGGAAAGCAGGCAAAGCAACUCUAAAGACGUAAAUCUAAUUGUAUGCUAAUGAUAUAUACACAUCUAUAUAUAAAUAUAUAUAUAUUUACAUAAUGUAAUUUAAGUCAAAUGGGAAUAUUAAUA